AUGCUCCCGCUCACUAAUGUAAACGAACCAGUCUAUGGGAUCACUCGUGGAUACAGCUCCACUGGAUUACGAUUCGGAAAGAGGGACAUUGCGCCUGGCGCAUUAGAUCCGCAAAUCGGGGGGACGGGUGGUAGAAUAUUGGCUGUCUGGUCAGUCAUCCCUGUAGAGGAUAAAACUUUGGAACUGAUCCGAGACCCAAGGACUUGUAUAGUGCUGGCGAUGUUUCAAUUCAUGGGUGGAGAAAUGGUCAUUGUCACAGCGGGUGAAGCAAGGGCACCUCGGAAAGAUAUUCCAACUGCUGCACGUUACCUUUACCUUCUGCCCGUCAGCUUCUACCUCGUAGGCAUCUUCCUCGUCGGUCUUUGUGUUGACUAUCGGGAUCCGCGGCUGCCUCAUCAACAUGAGACAACAUCAUUACAGCCGGCAGAUCAGUCAGCUUUCAUUGUUGCAAUCCACAAUGCUGGCCUAAGGGUUCUUCCAGGGUUCUUAAACGCUUGCUUCCUCUUCUCAGCGCUCACAGCAGCGAACUCCGCCCUGUACGCCUCCAGCCGGACUCUUUUCUUCAUGGCUCGUAAGAGCGAAUUCAAAUGGGUUCAGGAUACAAUUGGACGGACGAAUGUUGGACAGACCCCAAUAGCUGCGAUCAUUGUGAGUUUCGUUCCCGGAAUGCUUGCAUUCCUCGUCGUCAAAUGGGAAGAUCCAAACUAUAACGAGCCUCUCAAAGUUUUGGGCCGUUUCUAUACGGGCCCAAUGCUGUGCGUUUAUGCGAGUGAAUGUUUGGCGUUUCUUCGCUUCAAAAAAGGGUAA